CAGAGCUCCAAGUGACCUGGCACACAUCUCACCUGUCCUGAACACACACAAACACACACACACACACACACACACACACACAAACAUAGUGAGGGGCAAUGCAACUGAAGUGACCAGAUUUUUUGGCGAUGGCUGUGUUGAAUCCUAUGGAAUGGAUCAGGAAGAGCAGAGGUUCACGCCGCCUGGUGCUGGUGGUCGUGUGUGUGGCUCUGCUGCUGGAUAACAUGUUGUUGACCGUCGUGGUUCCCAUCAUCCCUACCUUCCUGUAUGCUGUGGAGCAUGAACCCAGCGAGCUUUCCUCCACCGCCUCUUCCUCUCUGUCUCCUCCCACCAUGGACCAGCCCACAUUCUCCUCCAUCUUCUCUCUUUAUGACAAUGUGACUUACACCAACACGGACAACGUAGCCCAGGAUAACCUCAGUGACUCGACUGUUACCCCAAGCUCCGACACCAACGCCAGCAUGUCCGACUGCAAGGAAGACAGGAAGUUUCUGAAAGACGAGAACGUGAGAGUCGGCCUCCUGUUCGCAUCCAAAGCUAUAGUGCAGCUUCUGGUCAACCCGUUUGUGGGUCCGCUGACCAACAGGAUUGGGUAUCAUAUUCCCAUGUUCGCUGGGUUUGUCAUCAUGUUUGUCUCCACAAUAAUGUUUGCCUUCUCAGAGACGUACACUUUGCUGUUUUUCGCCCGUUCCCUCCAGGGCAUAGGCUCCUCCUUCUCCUCAGUUGCAGGACUGGGCAUGCUGGCCAGUGUGUACACUGACGAUAAUGAGAGAGGGAUUGCCAUGGGAAUAGCACUAGGAGGACUCGCCAUGGGUGUGCUCAUUGGUGCUCCUUUUGGCAGUGUAAUGUACGAGUUUGUGGGUAAAAGCUCUCCGUUCCUCAUCCUCGCCUUCCUCGCUCUGUUUGAUGGAGCUAUCCAGCUUUGUAUCCUGCAGCCGUCUAAGAUAUCUCCUGGGAGUAUGGAGGGAACACCAUUGCUGACUCUGCUGAAAGAUCCUUACAUACUCAUCAGCGCAGGAUCUUUGUGCUUUGCUAACAUGGGCGUGGCCAUUUUGGAGCCCACUCUCCCUAUAUGGAUGAUGCAGACCAUGUGUUCACCAAAAUGGCAGCUUGGGAUGGCUUUUCUACCAGCUAGCGUGUCUUACUUAAUUGGAACCAACCUGUUUGGCCUGCUGGCCAACAAAAUGGGCAGGUGGCUGUGCUCCAUGAUCGGCAUGGUCGUUGUCGGCGUCAGCCUCCUUUGCGUUCCUUUGGCUAAAAACAUCUACGGUCUGAUCGGUCCCAACGGAGGCCUCGGGUUCGCUAUCGGGAUGGUUGAUUCGUCCAUGAUGGCUAUAAUGGGCUACCUGGUGGAUAUCAGACACGUCUCUGUGUACGGCAGCGUGUACGCCAUAGCCGACGUGGCACUUUGUAUGGGGUUCGCUAUAGGUCCGUCUACAGGGGGCGCUAUAGUGCAGACGAUCGGCUUCCCGUAUCUGAUGGUGAUCAUUGGGGUGGUCAAUAUUCUUUAUGCGCCCCUGUGCUUCUUUCUUAAAAACCCUGCUGCUCAGGAGGAGAAGAUGGCGAUUCUAAACCAGGAGUGUCCCAUGCAUGUGAAGAGCUACAACACAGAGCGUCAGUGCAGAGAGUUUCCCCUGAGUGACGAGAGUGACCCUGACCCUGAGGAGUAACACACACACACACACACACACACACACACACACACACACAGUUAUCAAGAAAGUGUUCCAGUUGCCAAACUGACGUUUUUGGGUGUUUUACUCCUCUGCAAAUCGAUAGAAAUAGUCUUUUCUUCAUUAACCUCUCUUCUUUCUUUCUUCUCCCUCCCUCUCUCUCUCUCUCUCUCUCUCUCUCUCUCUCUGUCAAUCUCUCUCUCUCUCUCUCUCUCUCUCUCAUUCUCUCUCUCUCUCUCUCUCUCUCUCCCUCCCUCCCUCUCUCUCUCUCUCUGUCAAUCUCUCUCUCUCUCAUUCUCUCUCUCUCUCUCUCUCAUUCUCUCUCUCUCUCUCUCUCUCUCUCUCUCUCUCUCCCUCUCUCUCUCUCUCUCUCUCUCUCUACACAUCACUAUAUAAAGGAUUGUAGGUUUUUGUUUGUCGGAUAACUUUGUGUCAGUGUGUUACUAUGUUCUAGUUGUUACUAUAGAAACGAGGAAGUAUAUAAAUGUUUUAGAACACGUUUUGACCAAUCAGAAUGGAGUAUUCAUCAGGGCUGUAGAAUAAUGUGAGCUGUUCAGCUUACAAAUAAACACUUUGCUUCACAGUAAUAUCCUGGAUUUUUAUUUCUACAAAUCUCAUCAAAUGUAUAGGACACACUCUGUGUUUAAAUCUCUCAAAUACUCACCCAGCUGUAAGGAUAUGGACCUAUUUGGUGGAAUAAAUCUGCAAGAUGUUUACCUUCCUACCUACGGCGGUGCUUUUCUUCGUACUGUAAACACGAUAAUCUCGUAGAUGUGAUUGUACGGGACGUGACGGUGAAAAUCCAAUAUCCUCUCCAUCAAAGCACUUUGUUCUAAUGUCAAUAAACGCUCACGCUGUAAAA